GUCAUCGUGUCAAAUCCCGAUUUGAAUGAGGAGCUACGCAAAGUACCUGUGGAAAUUCUGUCCUCACCUGCCGCUUUGCAUCAGUUCCUCCAAUGCCUGUACACUCUGGGCAUUGAAUUGAGUGGAAUGAUGUAUUACAUUGACAUUGUCCGAGACCAGCUCCUGCGCCAUGUGAACCCCUCACCUUCCAUGCUUUACGACGAGAUGCUUGCUGCGUUUCAAGAUCUUAUUCCUCAGUGUGAUGAUUGGGCACCGAUCCCCGCUUUCGAUACGUCGCUCAAGCUCCUCUUCCGCGUCAACAAUCGCGCUUUCGUCAGCGCGCCUCUUUGCCGUGAUGCAGAAUACAGCGACUUAAUUAUCGAAUCCACGACAAACGUCUUUAAGGGUGCCAUUCUGUACAAUGCGCUGCCCGCCCCCAUCCGUCCGUUCAUUUCUCGAUGGAUCGACCUUGUGGGUCCUUGCAUCGCUCGGGGUGUAUGCUUCAUCCAGCCAUACUACAACCAGCGCAUGGCAGAAAUGGAAGCCGCAGGAAAGCUUGAGGACUGGGCCGGCAAGGAAGAUGACUUACUCUCAUACCUAAUAGCCGAAACGAAGGGUGGGCAACGCAACGUGCAGGAACUGGCACGCAUCCUGCUCGUCGUAAACCUUGCGGCGGUGCACACCAGCGCGCAGAGCUUCACGCACAUACUGUCCCGCGUCGCGAGCAACUCCGAGUGGGCGCGCGCGCUCCGCGAGGAGACCGAGCAGAUCGUUGAGCAGUUUGGGUACAACAAGGAGGCGCUUCACCGCAUGCGCAAGCUCGACAGCUUCAUUCAGGAGUCGCUGCGGUAUGACGGCCUGGGUGCCUUGGCCUCAACGAAGCUAGUGCUGAAAGACUUUGCCAUGUCCGACGGAACCGUCCUACCCAGGGGCACCCUCGUCGCUGCGCCUGCGCGCGAGAUUCACGAGGAAAGCGAAAACUACCCGGACGCCGACACUUUCCAGCCAUGGCGCUUCUACCACGAGGGCGACGAAUUCGAUGAUGCGUUGUACCGACGGUCGAUGACCACUACUUCCCCGAUCUAUCUUCCAUUUGGACACGGCAAGACUGCAUGCCCCGGACGCUUCUUUGUCGCCCUCGCGCUCAAGAUGAUCAUGACAAACCUGGUGCUGAACUACGAUGUCAAGCUGGAGCAUGACAGUACUGAGGUUCCGCUCGCGUCGUGGUACAUUACCGCCCACGUGCCGAACGUGAGAGCCAAAGUGCUCGUCAGACGCAGGCCAGAGGUUUAA